GGCCUGAGCGCGGCGAGGCCGGGCGGAGGUGGGGGCGCGCGUGUCCUCGUCCUCCCGUGCGAGCAGCUGCUCGGCCGUGGCCGCGGGGGCUCGCUUCCCUCUCGGCCCGGGCCCGGGCGUGCCCUGUUUACCCUGCGCCCUCGCCGAGGCCCCGAUGCCCCGGAGUAAGGGGCUCGCGCUGCUCCCGAUCCGGCCCACUGCGGAGACCCUGUCUCACCAGCUCAGGGUCAUUCCCACUGGAAAGAUGGAGACGAAGGAUGCCUUCUUGUCGCCUUGAAUGCAGCAGUCCCCAGCUGCCGAGGGGAAAAAGCAAGAUGUCUCACUUUUUUGCCCAGAAGGGCCACCCUUUCCAGCCGUCAUCACUAGAACAGUUCUCGGCAGCCCAGGGGCGCGUGUCCAAAACCUCCUUCAGCCCCUGUAUAAUUAUCCGGUUGGGUUUGGGGUAUUGUUUGUAAUAAAAAUGAGCGGAAACCUGCCAGUGCCAGAGUAAAUUAGACCUCACUGGGAAUUCAUUGCGGGGUGGAGGGAGGCGGGCACGAAGAUGGGUAGCGUUCAUGAAGACCCUAACGGUUCCUAGAUCCAGAGUAUGAAGAGCGUUGUUAAAAUGCAUUACAAACUGUGUUGCGUCAAGGGUCAAGGGCUUGGUUAAAAGAAGUAGAGGUCACCAUUUCUCAUCCUUGUUCCCCCAUCACCUGGUCAGUCAGUUCCACUCAGCACAGAAAAGAGCAAAGAACUCACCACUUCUGGAAGCUUUUUAUAACUCUCCUCCCACUCCAGUAAUAAUCACUAAUAAUCACUCCCGCCUUGGGCUACCUUCUCUUGCCUCUAUUUUUACACAGCACACUGUAUCGUGGUGUCUCCAGCCCCUAGCACAAUGCUUGGAACAUAGAAGGCACUCUGUGAUUGAAAGAAGCCAAAAGAAAACAAAAAAUCAGCAGUGUAGCCAAAACUUGACAAAAGGAAAAAAACACGCUUUAAUUCCUUUAACUUGUUGGGCCAGUUAUUCCUCCAGGGUAGGGAGACAGUUGAGCUCUGGCUCUCUGAAGUCAAAUCAGACUUUAGCUCUGUCGUGUUACUAACCCUGGACAGGUUAUUUAACUCUGUCUCAGUUUCCUUAUCUGUAAAAUGGGAGUUAGAAUAGUAUUUACUCCAUGGGUUCUCAAUAUUAAAUAAAAUCUUGUCAUAAAGUGCUGAUCAUAGUUCCUGGCACAAAGAAAAUGUGCAGUUGCUGUAGGAGUUGUUAGGAUAAAAAUAAACAGGGACUUGAACAGAUUCACUAAUACUGAGUAUAUCUGUGUAGUGCUUCACCCGUCAGGGUCUAUCUGCCUUUGGUCUUUAUCUGCUCCUUGAUUUUAAAAAAUUGCUUAAACCUUUCCAGAUUCUCCCCACCCCCCAGUAAAAGAAUUCCAUAGAAGAUUAAUAGUUUAUGCAUGUAGUCCUACCAUCCACUAGAGAUUGAUGAGGUGCCAAAUAACAAUUUGGCCAAGUAUUACAGUAGUAUUUGAUACACUCUUAAUGUGGUCUCUUACUCAGAAUGGUCAUACAAAAGCAGAGGAGGAAGACAGACUCGGCCUGAUGUGGCUGAGAGAAAGUCCGUGGGAGGGGUGGUCCAGCCAGAGAGGCGGAGCUUGUGGAGGUGGGCUUGCGCCGCUGUCUCUCCUUAUAACUUAAGUCUCUUCUCAUGAAGAAACUGUCUCCUGUCUUUAAAGUUGUUCACAAACAUUGUGAAAAGUGGAAGAAGCCUUCCUGUUGGCUCUAGACAGAUUUGCCAGCCCUGGAGGUGGCAGAUACAACCCCUAGGGGAGGUUGCCUCACUUCCAGGUUUUUCUGGACCACUUUCUGGUGCAGGAAACAGGCUAAGUUGUAUAUUUCCUUACAGCUGUAGGUCCCCUUGGCACAUCAGUUUCUCUUAAAUUAUUUGGAGUCUCCAAAAGAAAUACCAGUCCUCCUCUCAUUUGAAACUAUCAUAGGAGAAUUCUGGUCUCUGGUUCUGCUUGUAGAAUAGCCACAAUGAGUCUUGAAUCCUUUUUGAGGAAUACUAUUCUUUCUGGGGACUCUCUUCCAGCUGUGACAUUCUAUAAUUAGCCAUUAAAAACCUGCCACAAGGUGUGGGUUUUUUUUCUGGUGUCCUGUUGGAAAGCCGUUAAGUUCGAGGACCGUAAAUUUCCUUCUUUGUGUGCCUGGCAUAAGAGAGGCGCUCGAUGAAUGGUUGUAAAGCCAUGAAAGUUGUUGCUUUUCAGGGCGCUAAAACAGGCGUACUCACCUGGUGUUCUGAAACAUUAUUGUGCUUACCAGUUGCCUGGAGAUCUUAAUGAAAUGCAGGUUCUGAUUCCAAGGCUCUUGGUGGGGCCUGAGAAUGUAUUCCCAACAAGCUGUGAGGUGUGGACACUGCUGGUCCAUGGGCGACACUUUGAGUAGAAAGACCUUCUUACCUGGUUGCUGCAGGGCUCUGGUGACACUGUUAACCUAGCUCAGGGAGCUGCAGGUUUCAGGGGGCGUCUUCAGGGGACCUACGGACAUCUCAAUGGCCCUGGGAGAAGAAAAGGCAGAGGUAGAAACAUCUGAGGACACAAAGGCCCCAUCCUACAGGAGGUGGAGCUGCAGGGAGCAGGAGGUGGGCACCCCAGGGCCCGUGAGCGGGGAGCAGCUGCCACGCCUGGAAGCUGAGGGAGGGCCCGCCUCCCCUGUGUGGCGGGCAGAGGGGCUCCCUGUCACUGCCUGCUGCGGUGGGGCCAGCCCUGGUCCCUCUGGAGCCUACCAGCCGCAGGCCAGUGACGCCAGCUGGGAGCCUGGUGGCUCCAAGCCUGUGUUCGGUUGCCUGCUUCCUCCUACCAGCAUGGGGACUGGAGACCUUUCGCACUCCGUGGGAAGCCAGAUGGAGGAGACCAGGCUUUCUGCCUCAGAGGAGCUACCUCAGACCCUUACCGUUCCCAGAGCCACAGCCCUUUGCUCAGGACAUGAUGCUGACACCGAAGAGGACCUGUCCCCAGUUGAGUCACCCCGGGUGCUGGACCUCAGCCAACAGCCUCACAUCUCAGGUUUCCCUUUCCCGUCAAGGUGGAGGUCUGGGGUGAGCCCAGGUGCUGCUGCUCCGCAGUUUUCCAGCUGCAGCGGCUCCGCCUCGUCCCCCGGCAGCAGUCUCCAGGGUCACCAAGAGAAGGCGGAACCUCGAAGUUGCUCCCUUGCCAAGGUCUCCUCCCUGGAGCUGGUCGUCCCCCAGUCAGCCCCCUCUGUGGGGCGGCCAGGGCCUCGGCUCCAGUGGUCGCCACAGCCUGUGUUCUCUGGGGGUGAUGCUCCUGGGCUGGGCAGGAGGCGCCUCUCCUUCCAGGCUGAGUACUGGGCCUGCGUGCUGCCGGAUUCCCUGCCCCCUUCCCCCGACCGCCACUCUCCCCUCUGGAACCCGAAUAAAGAGUAUGAAGACCUCCUGGACUAUACUUACCCACUGCGGCCCAGGCCUCAGCUCCUGAAGCACCUUGACAGCCAUGUGCUGGCUGACCCUGUCCUGCAGGACUCAGGUGUGGACCUGGAUAGCUUCUCUGUUUCCCCAGCAAGCACGCUGAAGUCACCCACUAAUAUCUCCCACAGUUGCCCACCAGCAGAGGCCACUGCCCUGCCAUUCUCAGGGCCCAGAGAGCCGGACCUUAAGCGGUGGCCCUCUGGAAUACCCCAGAAGCAGGGUGGCAUGGGGCUGGCGUCUCGUAGACUGCUUGCAUCUACCCCCAGAGCCCCAGGCAGUACAGAUGCUCCUUGGGAGAGCAAAGAGCCAGCCCUGAGGGGCGUGAGGGACUGGCUGCCUGUGGGCAAGCACCUUGAGGUGGGCCUUCCCCAGCUGAAGACAUGGGACAGAGGGUGGCCUUCACCCGGGCCAGAAAGAGAGAAAGGGACCAGCCAGAGUAUCCGGCACCGUGCCUGCAUGGACUCUGGAUGGAAAUCAGAGGAGGAGGUGGAAAGUGACGACGAGUACCUUGCCCUGCCCACUCGGCUGACGCAGGUUUCUAGCUUGGUUUCUUAUCUAGGUUCCAUUCCUACUGUGGUGACCCUGCCCACCGGGGCUCCCAAAGGGCAGAGCUCCCUGGACGUGUCAGACAGUGAUGGGCCAGCUUCCCUCCCAUCGGACUCCAGCCAAAGCCAGCUUCCCUCCAGGCCUGCCCGCAGAGGGUCCAGGGGCCCUGAGGGCCAGAACCACUGUUUGCUGCGCUCCUUCGUCCAUGCAAGGGACUCUGCAGUGACAGGCGGUCUGGGGAGUGGCCAGGCCCUGGGGGUCUCCUCUGGACCGCUGAGAACAUGUUCCUGCUUGCCAGCUAUGUUGGACCGGCGGGCAUUCUCAGAUCCAGAUGCUGACGGGCAGCCUCCCCGGAGAGGAGGAGAGCAGGGAAAAGAAUCACUCAUGCAGUGUGUGAAGACAUUUUGCUGUCAGCUAGAAGAGCUGAUCCGCUGGCUGUAUAACGUAGCAGACGUUACCAACCACUUGACUCCAGCCAAGUCCAAUCUCACAGGUCUCAGGUCUUCUCUGCAGCUUUACCGGCAAUUUAAGAAAGAUAUAGAUGAACACCAGUUCCUGACGGAGAGUGUCUUACAGAAAGGAGAGAUUCUUCUCCAGUGCCUGCUGGAUAAUACUCCAGUGUUAAAGGAUGUCCUCAGGAGGAUCUCGAAGCAGCCCAGUGAGCUAGAGAGCCACGCAGAUCACCUGUAUGACACUAUCUUAGCCUCUCUGGACAUGUUGGCUGGCUGCAACCUCAUCCCUGACAACAUGCCAGUGACACACAGGAGCGCCGACGUGAAGGGGAUUAGCCUGGCAUCUUCUCAGGCAGAGAUGUAAUCUGUCAGCCCGAAUCUGGCUGGUGGGAAACUUUCAGGAAGUCCUUGUAAGAGCCAUUUAACACUGAAAUCAAGGGGGAAACUUCACGAAUGUACUAGCUUUAAAAUGCCUUUCUCUUCCCUGAAGUAAGGGCCACUGCGUUAUUAUUUUUAUUUAAAAUGAAUCCUUCCAAACUACCAUUUUCCUUUGGUGCUUCUCUACAAAGAGCAUGUGGCUUUGCAGUUUUUGAUAAAAUAAUGCUAACAGGACUUAAAGGUCUUUCCUCCCCCCACCCCAUUCUAGUUAAAAAGGGCAGACAGAGCUCCUAAACUAGUCCAUCUGCUGAGAUCAUUUAAAGAAGGCUGGUAUGAGAAAGGUGGUACCAGAUACUUGGUAUUCUCAGGCAUACAAGAUGACCCAAGAGACUGAAAAAAGUGAAUGCUUGGCUGGGAACUUGGGUCUUUUCAGAAAAUGAAGCUUAUGUUUAUAAAUCCCUCUUUGAAGGUUUUAGAAGAGACUUUAACUCUCCGAAGAAGGUUCUAAACAAAGUGAACCUCUACAAAUUAUUUUGGGCUGUUAGGACACCUUUUGUCAUCUUCAGGGUUGGCUGCAUCUGCCUGCCUAACUAAUAUCUUAAAGGAAAAUGUGUGAGGGACUUAGGAACUGCCCCUGAGCUCCGGCAGGGCUACAGACUAAUCAUCCACCUUAAGGGUACGUCUAGGAGGAUGCAGCCCUCCAGCCCUCCGUUCCUCUUCUUCCUUGGAAGAGUAUCCAAGGUCAGGGAAGGGCAUGGAUAGGAGCACACAGCCUGAUUACCUAAAGAAACUAAGGCUGUCAAUAAUAAAGGAAAAAAGGGAAUUCUGUGUAGCUUAGGAGUUGACAUCUAAGUACCUUGAUGGAAAAAAAGAAUCUAUGGAUCAACCACUUGAAGCACUGAUUUUAUAUCUUUUCAAAGCAAAAUGCUCAGCUCUUGCUAGUAACCACAGAUUCUGCAAAAACAAAAAAGCACUUAAAAAAAGUUCUACUGGGCCAUGUUUAUGGAAGGAGGAAAGCACAUUUUUUUCCCAUCUAUUUUUAGUAUUACAAUAGGCUAAGACGUAAGGGAAGAGUUCUUCACACUUAAAUAUGUGUGAGAUACGCCCUGACAGAUCUUUUUUCACACUCCUUCCAAAUUCUCAUUUGAGGAGGCUGCUUAAGAAAGGAAGAUUUUUUUUAGGCUUAUAAAGAAAUUAAUAAGUCAUCUUAAGCCAAAGAGGGUGACUUUGGAACAAUUAUUCUCAUAAGCAGACUUCUGAUAUCCCUUCAGAACAAAAACUUUUAAUACUAAAUUACCUCCUUUAAAAGACGUUUAGGACUUUGGUUUUGGGGGCUGAGCCACAUAAUCUUAACACUGUCUCAUCCACCUCCAUAUUAAAUUAAGUAUCAAACAUGACUUUUCUGCUUUAAAAUUUCUUCAGACUUGACAGUGAUUGGAAAAUAAGCUGUUAAAUUCUAAUGUUUAAAGAUUAACUAUGAAGGAAAACUAUAUAAAGUUCAGUUGUAGCUAAAUAAAAUGCAGAAUUUCAAGCACCUGCUGCUACUAUGGCACGAUUUACCAUACUGCUCAAGGGCAGGAUCAGAAUUAAACUGUAUUAUGAUUCUGCCAUCUCCAUAUUAAUCUUGGUUCCAUGCACAGAUUUAAAAAGACAACACAAAACACCUCCCUAGCAAAUAAUUAUAUUUGUUAAACAGUCUUAAAAGCCUAGAAUUAGUUAAAAAGGCAGAUAUGUCUGAUGGCCCUAUUCUUAAAUUGAUGUAUUUCACUUUCUCUUUAAUGUGGCCGUAAAUUGGGACAUGCCUUGCCACUUGAGUAUGUUACAGGAUAGCCCUCAGGAGUUAAACCCAUUUAUUUACUAGUAUUGGAUAGGUCUCUUAGUUAGCCAAAAGAUUGAAGAUGACAACCCUAUAGAAACAAACUGGCCAAUAUUAUAGCAACUGAAUGCUGAAUAUGCCAUUGUUUUCCCGUUCAACCUAAUUAUAAUCAGCUUCAACUGACAGGAAUUUUCAUAGAAUAUUUUAUUUCAGAGUGCCCUGUUUCCCAAGAAAGUACUACUUUACCCAGAAAUGAUCUAAGAUAUUUUUGUUCAUUUCCUUUGAAAUAAGAUGUGACUGAAGGGUGCUUACUCUGGACCUAGCCGUGAAUGCCACUGAAGAGUAUCAACACAACUGUUAAUUAGAUCUUCAGCUGUGCUUUAAGAAGUCUAAGACCUCCUUUAGAACUCAAGCUGAAACUGUUUGGGCCUAGGAAGACGCUGCCAGCAGCAUUUCUAUCAGGAAACAUGGCUGGGUUAGAUUCAAGUAGCCUGGCUGGCCAGUGUGCUGUGGUACACGUUAGCCUUAAAGACAACAGUGGCCUGCAGUGACAUGACAGUGGUUAUGAAAUACCAAACCAAGUGUACCUGUAGUAAAAUUUCCUAGUAGUUCCUUUAAAUUAGAACUUAAGUCCACAGGGAAGGCACAGUACUAAGAGCCAGACAGGCAGUUUCGAGACCUGGCUUCUUGUUGCAGCUCCAUGGCUAAGCUCAUCUGCAAAUAGGAGACAAUGUCAAUACUGGGCUGUUCUGAAGCUUAAAUGGGAACAUAAAGAAGGGUUGCUGUAAAAUACGCUACAGUGGCAACAUGUGUGCUAAGGGAUAUUUCAGUCAAAAACAGGAAGUUACUGCUCAGACCAGAACAGCUAUCAUUCUGCAAGGAUUUCCCAGAGACUGUGACUGCUCCGGGUUCAGAACACUCUUCACUUAUGUAAGCUAAUUCAUGGCAGCCACUUACAUUCAAAAUGCCAAUAAGCAGUAAUUCCCUUUAAGUGGUCAAAUUAUUAAAGGCCAUAGUAGCUGGAAAUGUUUGUUUUUGAAAAUGGGAGUAGAAGUGGGAAUGUUAUUUACAAAACUGCAUUUAUUGGCAUAUUCAUAAAAGCAAAUAACGAAGCACGCUGCAACAGCCUGUGGUAAGCCCCAGUCUUGACUGCCAUGGGGGAAAGAACACUAGAAUUUUCAAAACUAAAUAAGUGUGUAAAUAUGCUUACAUCUUAAAUUUAUGUAAUGGUUUUUUCUAACUCACCAAGAAUAAUGAGCUGAUGGUUUGAGCUUGCUGUAUAGAACUGAAGUGCACAGCAUCACACUGUCUAACAUUUGUGUCACUUAUCUAAUUCAAAAAACAGUUUCUGAAUUCCUUCCCCCUUUAUACUGUAUUGGUAAGGCAGAAUGCAAGCCUUUUGAAGCAUUAAAAAAAAGAUCUUCACCCAAAUAACUAUUGGUAACUUGAGGAAUUUUUCAGUUGCCUUAUGUGAGGAUGAAUAGAUCCAACAAGCACAUCUAUAAUACAAAGUAAACUAUGAUUUUAUUGUGAAAUUCUCAUAGAUGGAAAAUUAAAUUGAAUAUUUAUUCUGUCCAUUUCAUUUUACAAUAAUCUUACCACUUAUUUUUGUACCAUGUAUUUCAAUUGCCUGUUUAGUGAAAAUAAAAAAACCUGUAAUUUUUG